AUGUUCGGUACGAUGACACGAACUUCGUAUCCUGAUAGAACUGCAUUUACUGGACCAUAUACAACGAUUACCGGUAUUGGUACUGGCACUGCUCCUUCGACAAUCUCAUUAAACCCUACAGGAACAGGCAAAACUGGGACCAUUAUAAUAAUAGAGCCAAGCAAAACACAGCAAACAUUUACAGGACCGUAUACAACGAUUACUGCAAUCGGAACAGGCACCAAUACAGUUACACUAUCGCUACCACCAUCAGUAAUUGUCGAUCCACAGACAACAUUUACAGGUCCAUAUACAACAGUAACCAGCCAAGGAACCGGCUCAGUACGAUCUACGAUUACCUUGGCACCAACAGGAACAUUCUUGACUGGCACUGUAGUAAUUGUUGAUCCGCAGACAACAUUUACAGGCCCAUAUACAACAGUAACCAGUAAAGGAACCGGCUUAAUACGAUCUACGAUCACCUUGCCACCAACCGGAACAUUCUUGACUGGUACCGUAAUUAUUGUCGAUCCAACAUCAUUAUCGCUCAUUACUCAGACAACGUUCGGGCCAGUACCAGGUACAAGCACAAUCCCACCACCACCUGAUUGUACAGGAUAUUGCCCUACCAGAGUUAUUGUUACACAAACUGCCAGUGUUGUGACAGAGGAGACAUUUGGGCCUACACCUGGUACCAGCACCAUUCCACCUCCCCCUGAUUGCACCGUUAAUUGUUUUACACGAAUUAUUGUUACAAGGACUGGUGGCGUCGUAACGCAGUCAACAUUGGGGCCAACACCUGGUACCAGUACAAUCUUGCCGCCACCAGGAUGCACAGGUUACUGUCCAACGCAGAUAAUUGUGACGGUAGGUGCAACGGGCGGUAUCGUCACAGAAUCUACCUAUGGACCUACCCCUGGUACAUCAACGAUAAUUCCAUCAGCAGGGUGCACUGGGUAUUGCCCUACAAGGGUUAUUGUUACCGCUACAGCUGGCAUUACUACUGAGUCUACAUUUGGCCCUAGUCCAGGUACAAGUACGAUCUUGCCAUCAGCUGGAUGUAUGGGAUACUGCCCUACUGUUGUGAUUGUUACCGUAACUGGCGGCUAUCUGACAGAGUCAACCUUGGGACCAACACCCGGUACAACUACAAUCUUGCCAUCAGCUGGAUGCACGGGUUACUGCCCGACAAAAAUUAUUGUCACACUCACGGCAGGCAUUAUCACAGAGUCGACGUUUGGGCCGGUUCCAGGUACGAGCACAAUCCUCCCCUCAUCUGGAUGUUCAGGUAUAUGCCCUACUAGAAUCAUUAUUACCGAGACUGCCGGCUUUCUUACGGAAUCAACCUUUGGACCAACGCCAGGAACAAGCACAAUCCUCCCAUCUGCUGGAUGUACAGGAUACUGCCCAACUCGAAUCAUUGUUACCGCUACUGGUGGCUUCAGUACUGUUACAACUUUUGGACCAACUGCUGGGACUAGCACGAUCCCGCCACCUCCUGGUUGCACAGUUAACUGCUUUACCCAAGUUAUUGUUACUGUGGCUCCUACAGGCGGUACAAUUACCGAAUCUACAUACGGCCCUACACCUGGCACAAGCACAGUCCUCCCAUCUGCUGGAUGUACAGGAUACUGCCCUACCAGAAUUAUCGUUACUGCUACUGGUGGUUUCAGUACUGUUACAACUUUUGGACCAACUGCAGGAACAAGCACGAUCCCGCCGCCACCUGGAUGCACGGUUAACUGCUUUACCCAAAUUAUUGUUACUGUAGCUCCUACAGGCGGCACUAUUACUGAAUCUACAUACGGCCCUACACCUGGUACUAGUACAGUCCUUCCACCUGCAGGAUGUACAGGAUACUGCCCUACUAGAAUUAUCGUUACUGCUACUGGUGGCUUCAGCACCAUCUCUACAUUUGGACCGACUGCUGGAACGAGCACGAUCCCGCCACCGCCUGGAUGUACGGUGAACUGCUUUACCCAAAUUAUUGUUACUGUAGCUCCUACAGGCGGCACUAUUACCGAAUCUACAUACGGCCCUACACCUGGUACCAGCACAGUUCUCCCAUCUGCUGGAUGUACAGGAUACUGCCCUACCAGAAUUAUCGUUACAGCUACUGGUGGCUUCAGUACUGUUACAACCUUUGGACCAACUGCUGGAACCAGCACGAUCCCACCACCUCCUGGAUGCGGUACAAUUACCGAAUCUACAUACGGCCCUACACCUGGCACAAGCACAGUUCUCCCAUCUGCUGGAUGCACAGGAUACUGCCCUACCAGAAUUAUCGUUACUGCUACUGGCGGCUUCAGCACCAUCUCUACCUUUGGACCGACUGCAGGAACAAGCACGAUUCCGCCGCCACCUGGAUGCACGGUUAACUGCUUUACCCAAAUUAUUGUUACUGUAGCUCCUACAGGCGGUACAAUUACCGAAUCUACAUACGGCCCUACACCUGGUACUAGUACAGUCCUUCCAUCUGCUGGAUGCACAGGAUACUGCCCUACUAGAAUUAUCGUUACUGCUACUGGCGGCUUUAGCACCAUCUCUACCUUUGGCCCGACUGCAGGAACUAGUACGGUUCUACCACCUCCUGGAUGCGGCACUAUUACUGAAUCUACAUACGGCCCUACACCUGGUACUAGUACAGUCCUUCCAUCCGCUGGAUGUACAGGAUACUGCCCGACUAGAAUCAUUGUUACCGCUACUGGUGGCUUCAGCACUGUGACGACAUUUGGACCAACUGCUGGGACGAGUACAAUUUCUCCACCUCCAGGAUGCACAGUCUGCUUCACACAAAUCAUUGUAACAGUAGCGCCUACAGGUGGCAUUGUCACUGAAUUUACGUACGGUCCUACAGCAGGUACCAGCACAGUCCUCCCAUCUUCUGGGUGCACAGGAUACUGCCCUACUAGAAUUAUCGUUGCUGCUACUGGUGGCUACAGCACUUUCACAACCUUUGGACCAAUCGCUGGGACUAGUACCGUUUCACCGACACCAGGAUGCGGCACGAUUACCGAAUCUACAUACGGCCCUACACCUGGUACCAGCACAGUUCUCCCAUCUGCUGGAUGUACAGGAUACUGCCCAACUAGAAUCAUUGUUACGGCUACUGGUGGCUUCAGCACCGUUACAACAUUUGGGCCGACUGCUGGAACAAGCACGAUCCCACCACCUCCAGGGUGCACAGUCAACUGCUUUACCCAAAUUAUUGUUACUGAAGCUCCAAGUGGCUUUAUUACGGAAUCUACUUAUGGCCCUACACCUGGCACAAGCACAGUCCUCCCAUCUGCUGGAUGUACAGGAUACUGCCCAACUCGAAUCAUUGUUACCGCUACUGGUGGCUUCAGCACUGUUACGACAUUUGGGCCAACUGCUGGGACAAGUACAAUUCCACCACCUCCAGGAUGCACAGUCAACUGCUUCACGCAAAUCAUUGUAACAGUAGCGCCUACAGGUAGUGUGAUAACUGAAUCCACAUAUGGACCUACGGCGGGAACCAGUACAAUGCUACCAUCUUCUGGGUGCACAGGAUACUGCCCUACUAGAAUUAUCGUUACAGUUACUACUGGCUUUAGCACUGUUUACACAUACGGACCGACAGCUGGGACCAGUACAGUGUCACCACCGCCAGGAUGCGGUAUAAUUACUGAAUCUACAUAUGGUCCUACAGCUGGUACAAGCACAGUCCUCCCAUCUGCUGGAUGUACAGGGUACUGCCCAACAAGAAUCAUUAUUACAGCUACUGGUGGAUUCAGCACUAUUUCAACCACUGGACCGACUGCUGGAACUAGUACGAUUCCGCCACCGCCUGGAUGUACAGUGAACUGCUACACGCAAAUUAUUGUCACUAUAGGCCCAUCAGGUGGCGUCAUCACUGAAACAACGUAUGGACCAACAGCGGGAACAAUUACAGUAUUGCCAUCCUCGGGAUGUGUCGAUGAAGCAAUGAUGGGCCGUCGUGGCAUUGCACCGAGAAAUGUCAACUGUCCUACGACGAUUAUUAUUACAAUUGCUACUACUGGUGCUAUCACACAAUCUACGGUUGGACCAACAGCAGGAACGAGUACGAUAUUACCAUCGUCUGGAUGCAUAGGUAAUUGCCCUACAAUCAUAAUUGUAACCGUUGCUCCCACUGGCGGAACUGUUACCGAAUCGACAUUUGGGCCAACAGCUGGAACAAGCACAAUAUUCCCGUCAUCUGGAUGUACAGGAUACUGCCCAACUAGAAUCAUUGUUACUGCUACAGGAGGUUUCAGCACUGUUACAACCUUUGGCCCAACUGCUGGAACUAGCACGAUCCCGCCACCUCCUGGAUGCACAGUGAACUGCUAUACCCGAAUUAUAGUUACUGUUACUAGCGCCUUCAGUACCUUGACAACCUAUGGCCCAACCGCAGGCACUAGCACAGUUACACCUCCUCCAGGAUGCACAGUUAACUGCUUUACCCAAAUUAUCGUUACAGAAGUUGGCACUCUUGUAACGUCAACCACUUUUGGGCCGACUCCAGGCACCAUUACUAUAACUGGUGGAGUGGUUACCGAAUCUACGUACGGUCCUACGCCGGGUACAAGUACCAUCUUGCCGUCUGCUGGAUGUACGGGAUUCUGCCCAACUAGAAUAAUAGUAACAGCUACUGGAGGAUUCAGCACUGUUACAACCAUUGGCCCAACAGCUGGUACAAGUACGAUUCCACCGCCUCCAGGAUGUUCAGUGAACUGCUUUACACAAAUUAUUGUUACUGUUACUAGUGCUCUUAGUACUAUAACAACCUAUGGCCCGACUGCAGGCACUAGUACGAUUACACCUCCACCAGGAUGCACAGUCAACUGCUUUACACAAAUCAUUGUUACUGUUACUAGCGCUCCUAGUACCAUUACAACCUUUGGCCCAACUGCAGGCACUAGCACGGUCACACCUCUUCCAGGAUGCACAGUAAACUGCUUUACGCAAAUAAUUGUUACCGAAGUUGGCACUCUUGUAACGUCAACAACCUAUGGGCCGACUCCGGGAACAAGCACUAUUGGACCUCCGAUAGGCUGUACCUCUAACUGCGUAAUAACCAUCAUUGUUACAGCAACAGGUGGCUUUAGUACUAUAUCUACGUUUGGACCUACAGCUGGCACGAGCACUAUCCUCCCACCACCUGGAUGCACGGUGAAUUGUUACACACAAAUAAUAGUCACCAUUACCGGCGGGGUUCUUACGGAAUCUACGUAUGGUCCUACACCAGGUACAAGCACAAUUUUACCAUCUUCUGGAUGUACAGGAUUCUGCCCAACUAGGAUUAUUGUCACAGCUACUGGAGGAUUCAGCACUGUUACAACCAUUGGUCCGACUGCUGGCACAAGCACGAUUCCACCGCCUCUGGGAUGCACAGUGAACUGCUAUACGCAAAUCGUUGUUACUGUUACUAGCGCUCUGAGUACCAUUACAACCUUUGGCCCGACUGCAGGCACUAGCACAGUUACACCUCCUCCCGGAUGCACAGUUAACUGCUUUACCCAAAUUAUCGUUACAGAAGUUGGCACUCUUGUAACGUCAACCACUUUUGGGCCGACUCCAGGCACCAUAACUAUUACCGGCGGCGUUCUCACGGAAACUACGUAUGGCCCGACACCAGCAACCGGAGGAUACAGCACUGUUACAACCUUUGGCCCAACUGCGGGAACCAGCACGAUCCCACCACCUCCUGGAUGCACAGUGAACUGCUUUACACAAAUUAUUGUGACUGUUACUAGUGCUCUUAGUACUAUAACAACCUUUGGCCCAACUGCAGGCACUAGCACGGUCACGCCUCCUCCAGGAUGCACAGUAAACUGCUUUACGCAAAUUAUUGUAACGGAAGUUGGCACACUUGUAACGUCAACAACCUUUGGACCAACUCCGGGCACUAGCACUAUUGGACCUCCUAUAGGCUGUACCUCAAACUGCGUAAUAACUGUUAUUGUUACGGCAACAGGUGGCUUUAGUACUAUAUCGACAUUUGGACCAACAGCAGGCACGAGCACAGUCUUGCCACCACCUGGAUGCACGGUGAAUUGUUAUACACAAAUUAUAGUCACCGUCACCGGCGGGGUUCUUACGGAAUCUACGUAUGGUCCUACACCAGUCACAGCUACUGGAGGAUUCAGCACCAUUACAACCUUUGGCCCGACUGCUGGUACUAGCACGAUUCCACCACCUCCAGGAUGUGGCAUUAUUACGGAAACUACAUUUGGACCUUCAGCUGGUACCAGUACAAUAUUGCCAUCAUCCGGCUGCGCUGAUCAAUCAUUGAUGCCUGUUCGGCGCGGCAUUGGACGCAGAAAUGAAAACUGCCCAACAACUAUUAUUAUUACAAUCCCAACCACGGGUGCCAUCACACAAUCUACGACUGGGCCGUCAGCCGGCACCAGCACGAUAUUGCCAUCAUCCGGGUGCGUGGGUAACUGCCCUACGACGAUAAUCGUAACCAUACCUCCUACUGGAGGGGUUAUUACUGAGUCUACAUUUGGGCCAACACCAGGAACAAGUACUAUCCUCCCGUCAUCUGGUUGUACUGGAUUCUGUCCUACAACAAUCAUUGUUACAGCCACUGGUGGCUUCAGCAGCGUAACGACAUUUGGACCUACUGCUGGCACAAGUGGUGUAAUUACGACUACUACAUAUGGACCGACUCCUGGCACUAGCACAAUCGGGCCUCCGCUAGGCUGCACUGUAAACUGUGGUACAACUAUUAUCGUUACAGCUACAGUUACCGAAACUGCUGGCCUCGUAACAUCGACUACGUACGGGCCGACUCCCGGUACAAGCACUGUUGGGCCUCCUCCAGGCUGUACUGCCAACUGCGUAACUACGAUUGUUGUUACGGCUACUGGAGGAUUCAGCAGCAUAACAACGUUUGGACCGACAGCUGGUACAAGUACAAUUCCACCUCCGCCUGGGUGUACGGUCAACUGCUUUACACAAAUCAUCGUAACCCUUACAGGUGGUGUAAUCACGACUACUACCUAUGGGCCGACGCCUGGUACAAGCACAAUCGGGCCUCCGCUAGGUUGCACUGUAAACUGUGGUACAACUAUUAUCGUCACAGCUACAGGUGGUUUCAGUACCGUAACGACAUUUGGCCCAACUGCUGUUACUGAAACUGGUGGGCUGGUAAUAUCGACAACGUAUGGACCAACUCCCGGUACUAGCACUAUUGAGCCACCUCCAGGCUGUACCGUAAACUGCAUAACAACGAUUAUCGUUACCGCUACUGGAGGAUUCAGUAGCAUAACAACGUUUGGACCGACAGCCGGUACAAGUACGAUUCCUCCUCCGCCUGGAUGUACGAUCAACUGCUUUACACAAAUCAUCGUAACCCUUACAGGUGGUGUAAUUACGACCACUACCUAUGGGCCGACGCCUGGUACAAGCACAAUCGGGCCUCCGCUAGGCUGCACUGUAAACUGCGGUACAACUAUUAUCGUCACAGCUACAGGUGGAUUUAGUACCAUAACGACAUUUGGCCCAACCGCAGGUACUAGCACAAUCCCACCUCCACCAGGAUGCACAGUAAACUGCUUUACACAAAUCAUUGUUACCGAAACUGGUGGGCUUGUAACGUCAACGACCUAUGGACCGACUCCUGGUACUAGCACGAUUCCGCCUCCACCCGGAUGUACCGCCAACUGCGUAACGACAAUUAUUGUUACGGCUACAGGAGGAUUCAGCAGCAUUACAACAUUUGGACCAACAGCUGGUACAAGCACAGUUCAACCUCCACCUGGAUGUACUGUCAACUGCUUUACGCAAAUUAUAGUUACCUUGACAGGUGGUGUAAUUACGACUACUACCUAUGGACCGACUCCUGGCACUAGCACGAUUGGACCUCCCCUUGGGUGUACAGUCAAUUGUGGGACAACUAUCAUUGUAACAGCCACAGGCGGAUUCAUUACCGAAACCGGUGGUCUUGUAACAUCAACGACCUACGGACCGACUCCUGGUACUAGUACGAUUCCGCCUCCUCCAGGCUGCACCGCCAACUGCAUAACAACGAUUAUUGUUACGGCUACAGGAGGAUUCAGCAGUAUAACAACAUUCGGACCGACAGCUGGUACAAGCACGAUUCCACCUCCACCUGGAUGUGGUGUCAUUACGACUACUACCUAUGGGCCGACUCCUGGUACAAGCACAGUCGGGCCUCCGCCAGGCUGUACUGUAAACUGCGGUACAACAGUUAUCGUCACAGCUACAGGUGGAUUUAGUACCAUAACGACAUUUGGCCCAACCGCAGGUACUAGCACAAUCCUACCACCACCAGGAUGCACAGUCAACUGCUUUACACAAAUUAUCGUUACUGAAACUGGUGGGCUUGUAACGUCAACUACCUAUGGACCUACACCUGGUACUAGCACUGUUGGGCCUCCUCCAGGCUGUACCGCUAACUGCGUCACGACGAUUAUUGUUACUGCUACAGGAGGAUUUAGCAGUAUGACAACAUUUGGACCAACAGCCGGUACAAGCACAAUUCCUCCUCCACCUGGCUGUACCGUCAACUGCUUUACACAAAUUAUAAUUACCUUAACGGGUGGUGUAAUUACAACUACUACCUAUGGACCGACUCCUGGUACUAGUACAGUUGGGCCUCCUCCAGGUUGUACAGUCAAUUGCGGUACAACUAUCAUUGUAACAGCUACAGGUGGAUUCAGCACCAUAACGACAUUUGGACCAACAGCAGGCACUAGCACAAUUCCACCACCCCCUGGAUGUACUGUAAAUUGCUUUACACAAAUUAUAGUUACCGAAACUGGUGGUCUUGUAAUAACAACUACAUACGGACCGACUCCUGGUACUAGUACUAUUGGACCUCCGCUAGGCUGUACUGCCAACUGCGUAACUACGAUUGUUGUUACGGCUACUGGAGGAUUCAGCAGCAUAACAACGUUUGGACCGACAGCUGGUACAAGCACGAUUCCACCUCCGCCCGGCUGUACAGUCAACUGCUUCACGCAGAUCAUAGUGACCCUAACAGGUAGUAUUAUAACAACCACUACCUAUGGACCUACUCCUGGAACCAGCACAAUUGGACCUCCUCCAGGUUGUACUGUUAAUUGCGGUACAACUAUUAUUGUAACUGCUACAGGUGGAUUAAGUACCGUAACGACAUUUGGCCCAACAGCUGGCACUAGCACAAUUCCCCCUCCGCCAGGAUGUACAGUCAACUGCUUUACCCAAAUUAUUGUUACUGAAACCGGUGGUCUUGUAACGUCAACUACCUACGGACCGACUCCUGGUACUAGUACGAUUCCGCCUCCAUCCGGAUGUACCGUCAACUGCGUAACGAUAAUUGUUGUUACGGCUACAGGAGGAUUCAGCAGUAUAACAACAUUUGGACCAACAGCCGGUACAAGUACGAUUCCACCUCCGCCUGGCUGCACCAUUAACUGCUUUACACAAAUUAUUGUAACUCUAACGGGUGGUAUUAUUACAACUACUACCUAUGGACCGACUCCUGGUACUAGUACAAUUGGGCCGCCCCCUGGUUGCACCGUUAAUUGCGGCACAACGGUUAUUGUAACCGCUACAGGUGGAUUUAGCACUGUUACCACCUUUGGACCAACAGCUGGUACAAGCACGAUUCCACCUCCGCCAGGAUGCACAGUAAAUUGCUUUACACAAAUUAUCGUUACUGAAACUAGCGGACUUGUAACCUCAACUACCUACGGACCGACUCCUGGUACCAGUACGAUUCUGCCUCCACCCGGAUGUACCGCGAAUUGCGUUACAAGCAUUAUUGUUACUGCAACAGGUGGCUUCAGCACUUCUACCACCUUUGGACCAACAGCAGGCACAAGCACAAUUCCGCCUCCGCCUGGAUGUACAGUCAAUUGCUUUACGCAAAUUAUAGUUACUGAAACCGGUGGUCUCGUAACGUCGACUACCUAUGGACCGACUGCUGGUACCAGUACGAUUCCGCCUCCGCCCGGAUGCACCGCGAAUUGUGUUACAAGCAUUAUUGUUACUGCAACAGGUGGCUUCAGUACUGUUACUACAUUUGGACCAACAGCUGGCACAAGCACCAUUCCGCCUCCACCUGGCUGUACUAUUAAUUGUUUUACACAAAUUAUCGUCACCCUAACAGGUGGUAUAGUAACAACGACUACCUACGGACCGACUCCUGGUACUAGCACAAUUGGACCUCCUCCAGGUUGUACUGUCAAUUGUGGCACUACAAUUAUCGUGACUGCUACAGGUGGAUUGAGCACUUCAACUACCUUUGGACCGACUCCUGGUACUAGCACAAUUCCACCUCCACCAGGAUGUACAGUAAACUGCUUUACACAAAUCAUAGUUACUGAAACCGGUGGGCUCGUGACGUUAACUACCUACGGACCGACCCCUGGUACUAGUACGAUUCUACCUCCGCCUGGCUGCACCGUGAAUUGUAUUACGUCGAUUAUUGUUACAGCUACGGGUGGCUUUAGUACUGCUACUACCUUUGGACCUACUGCUGGUACGAGCACGAUUCCACCCCCACCUGGAUGCACUAUCAACUGCUUUACACAAAUUAUCGUAACCUUGACAGGUGGUAUAAUUACGACUACUACCUAUGGACCGACUCCUGGUACUAGUACCGUUGGACCUCCUCCAGGUUGUACUGUCAAUUGUGGUACUACAAUUAUCGUAACUGCUACAGGUGGAUUGAGCACUUCAACUACCUUCGGACCGACUGCUGGAACUAGUACAAUUCCACCUCCACCAGGAUGCACAGUAAACUGCUUCACGCAAAUUAUAGUUACCGAAACUGGCGGUCUUGUAACAUCAACUACCUAUGGACCGACUCCUGGUACUAGCACGAUUCCACCUCCGCCUGGCUGUACUGUGAACUGCAUUACGUCAAUUAUUGUUACAGCUACGGGUGGAUACAGUACGUCUACUACAUUCGGACCAACUGCCGGUACAAGCACAAUUCCUCCGCCGCCUGGGUGUACAGUUAACUGCUUUACACAAAUCAUUGUUACCCAAACCGGUGGUCUUGUAACGUCAACUACCUUUGGACCGACUCCUGGUACCAGUACGAUUGUACCUCCACCCGGAUGUACGGUCAAUUGUGUUACAAGUAUCAUUGUCACCGCAACAGGUGGCUUCGUUACUUCAACUACGUUCGGGCCAACGGCCGGCACCAGUACAAUUCCGCCUCCACCGGGCUGCACCGUCAACUGCGUUACAUCAAUUAUUGUUACUCAAACAGGAGGUCUUAUUACUUCAACUACGUUUGGACCGACUCCGGGUACAAGUACGAUUCCACCUCCGCCUGGCUGUACUGUAAAUUGUGUUACAUCAAUUAUUGUUACAGCUACAGGUGGAUAUAGUACCUCUACUACAUUUGGACCAACUGCUGGUACAAGUACGAUUCCACCGCCGCCGGGCUGUACCGUCAACUGCUUUACGCAAAUCAUUGUUACGCAAACAGGCGGUCUUGUUACUUCAACUACCUUUGGACCGACGCCCGGUACAAGCACGAUCCCGCCUCCACCUGGAUGUACUGUCAAUUGCAUUACGAGUAUUAUUGUUACCGCAACGGGUGGGUUUGUUACUUCGACUACAUUCGGACCAACUGCUGGUACUAGUACAAUUCCACCACCACCGGGCUGCACCGUUAACUGUGUUACAUCAAUUAUUGUUACAGCUACGGGUGGAUUUGUUACCUCUACUACAUUCGGACCAACCCCUGGUACUAGUACGAUUCCUCCACCGCCUGGAUGCACAGUCAACUGCGUUACAUCAAUCAUUGUUACAGCUACAGGUGGCCUUGUUACCUCUACUACAUUUGGGCCGACACCCGGUACAAGUACGAUCCCGCCCCCGGCUGGAUGUACUGUCAAUUGUGUUACAAGUAUUAUCGUUACAGCAACAGGCGGCUUUGUUACUUCUACUACGUUUGGACCAACUGCUGGAACUAGUACGAUUCCACCUCCCCCGGGCUGUACUGUCAACUGCGUUACAUCAAUUAUCGUUACCCAAACUGGAGGCUUUGUUACUUCAACUACCUUUGGACCGACUCCCGGGACCAGCACAAUCCCACCUCCGCCUGGAUGUACGGUCAAUUGUGUCACAAGUAUUAUCGUUACCGCAACAGGUGGCCUUGUCACUUCGACUACAUUCGGACCUACCCCCGGUACCAGCACGAUUCCACCUCCGCCUGGCUGCACUGUCAACUGCAUAACGUCCAUCGUCGUCACCGCAACCGGUGGCUUUGUUACUACAACCACAUUCGGGCCCACUGCUGGUACCAGUACGAUUCCGCCUCCUCCGGGCUGCACAGUCAACUGUGUUACAUCAAUCAUCGUUACCGCAACCGGUAGCUUUAUUACUUCCACUACAUUUGGACCUACUGCUGGCACCAGCACCAUUCCACCUCCACCUAGUUGCACUGUCAAUUGUGUUAUAUCAAUCAUCGUUACCGCAACAGGUGCGCUGAGCACCGUUUCCACACUUGGACCAACCGCUGGUACCAGUACGAUUCCGCCUCCUCCUGGGUGUAGUGUGAACUGCGUUACGUCAAUCAUCGUUACCUUUACGGGUAGCCGUACUACAACCACUACAUUUGGACCUAUUCCUGGUACCAGUACGAUCGCGCCUCCGCCUGGCUGCACUGUUAACUGCGUCACGUCCAUUAUCGUUACGGCAACUGGCGGCUUAACUACAAGCACUACAUUUGGACCAGUUGCCGGAACUAGUACAAUUCCACCUCCACCUGGAUGUUCUGUCAACUGUGUUACAUCAAUCAUCGUUACCAGAACUGUCGGCGUUACCACUACAUCGACCUUGGGGCCCGUCCCAGGCAUAAGUACGAUUCAGCCACCGCCUGGCUGCACUACCAGUUGUUUUAUAUCUAUUGUCGUUACUGUAACUGGUGGCCUGAGCACUAUCACUACACUGGGACCAACCGCCGGUACCGUCACGCUGCCGCCUCUGCCUGGAUGCGGUGUCAACUGCGUUACAACGAUUAUUGUUACCACUCCACCAGGCUACGUAAGUUCAACGGGUUCUUGGUCCGGCACUAUUACCAGGACCGUAACUGUCCCGCCUGCUGGUACCACCUCUGGUACUAUAGUUGUUCAAACACCGGCGCUAGUCUCCUUAUUCUUCAACCUUAAUACCUAUUCACCCUCGCCAUGUACGAUUACCCCCGUAUCGAUUACCGCUUUACGUGCCGGAAGCCGUGCAACAAAUGUACCUGUAACGGUCUCUCUUCCAGCCGGUUAUACGUUUAAUGGCGGAUCAUCAAGCUAUGUUGGCAUUACAAACGGGUUGGGACUCGUCAUCCCGCCGUACAUCAUCCCCCCCGUGGCUGGAUCUGCCGCGAGCACUAUGACGGCAACUACUCCAGGUGGCGUUUCAGAUUCGGCUUCGCUAAUAUCCGAUCCAUCAUCGUAUUCACUAAGCUUCCAAAUAGUAACCAACAACCAAGCAGUUCUUGUAAAUUCCGGCUGUUCUUUUUUCUCCGGAGAGAUUUGGGCAUAUUCGUCGAACUUUUACUACCCUUAUUAUUCCAUUGCAAUUUUAAUCGAUGGGAUCCUGGGUAGUGCAGCAUUGUCACCAGGUGUCGUUCCUACGGCAACAUUUGCUGCCGAAUAUAAUCUCGGGGUCAAAAUCCUUGCCCCUAAUGGUGGUGUUGUCUUUAUCCCAAUAGCGGGUAGGACAGGCACGACCACUCCGGCAUUAGUAACCGUAACACAAGGUGCACCGUAUAUAUACCCCAACACUACGUCUGUUGUUUUAACCGAGGGCAAGUCACUGAGUGAUGGGUCUAAUACAAUCAGCUACGCACCUGGUAAUGCGGAUCUCAUCGUAUACGGCAACUAUAACCCGGUACUUUUUAAUACCCCCCCCAGCUAG